AAAUUACAAUAACAAUAGAUAAACCUUCCUUCUCUUCCUUAACUCAAAAGCCUCUCUCUCUUUCUCUCUCUCUCUCUCCUCCUAACACUGUUCACUUACUUCACCAAUCAAUAAAGCAUCAUCCUCCAUUUCACGAGAUCUUCUUCUUCUCUUCAAUCUAGGGUUUCCAGAUCUCAAUCUCUACCUUGAAUCCGUUCCUCAACCAUGAAUCAGGAGAAGCUAGGGUUCUUCACCCUCUCGUUUCUUCUGAUCCUGAGUCCAGCGCUCUGUAGAUUCGUCGUGGAGAAGAACAACCUCAAAGUCACAUCACCGGACUCCAUCAAAGGUAUUUACGAAUGUGCCAUUGGGAACUUCGGAGUUCCUCAGUACGGUGGUACUUUAGUCGGCACCGUUGCAUAUCCCAGAUCGAAUCAGAAAGCUUGUAAAAGCUACAACGAUUUCGACAUCUCCUUCAAAUCUAAGCCCGGGGGCUUACCCACUUUUGUUCUCAUCGAUCGUGGAGACUGUUUCUUUACUUUGAAAGCAUGGAUAGCUCAACAAGCUGGAGCAGCAGCGAUUCUUGUUGCUGACAACAAAGCAGAGCCCUUGAUCACAAUGGAUACACCUGAAGAAGAUAAAUCCGAUGCGGAUUAUCUUCAAAAUAUUACCAUUCCUUCAGCUCUCAUCACCAAGUCUUUGGGAGACAGUAUAAAGUCUGCUCUCUCCGGUGGGGACAUGGUGAACAUGAAGCUGGACUGGACUGAGUCUGUUCCUCAUCCCGAUGAGCGUGUGGAAUACGAGCUCUGGACCAACAGCAACGACCAGUGUGGGAAGAAGUGUGAUACUCAGAUUGAGUUUCUCAAGAAUUUCAAAGGAGCUGCUCAGAUUCUUGAGAAAGGAGGGCAUACUCAGUUCACGCCGCACUACAUCACCUGGUACUGCCCUGAGGCUUUUACGCUGAGUAAACAGUGCAAGUCUCAGUGUAUCAACCAUGGAAGAUACUGUGCGCCUGAUCCUGAGCAGGAUUUUACUAAAGGGUAUGAUGGGAAAGAUGUUGUCGUUCAGAAUCUACGCCAGGCUUGCGUGUAUAGAGUCAUGAACGAGACUGGUAAGCCGUGGGUCUGGUGGGACUAUGUGACUGACUUCGCCAUCCGGUGUCCGAUGAAGGAUAAGAAGUACACAAAGGAGUGCGCAGACGAAAUUAUCAAGUCACUUGACAUUGAUCUCAAGAAGGUGGACAAGUGUAUCGGAGACCCUGACGCAGAUGUGGAGAACCCAGUUCUUAAAGCAGAGCAGGAGUCCCAGAUUGGCAAAGGUUCCCGUGGAGACGUGACUAUACUCCCAACUCUUGUCGUGAACAACAGACAAUACAGAGGUAAAUUGGAAAAAGGGGCUGUGCUGAAAGCUAUGUGUUCAGGUUUUGAAGAGUCAACAGAACCAGCUAUAUGUCUAACUGAAGAUUUAAACACUAAUGAAUGUUUGGAAAACAAUGGUGGGUGCUGGCAAGACAAAGCUGCCAACAUAACUGCAUGCCGGGAUACUUUUAGGGGAAGACUGUGUGAGUGCCCUACUGUUCAAGGUGUUAAAUUUUCUGGUGACGGCUACACUCACUGCAAAGCCUCUGGAGCUUUGCAUUGUGGCAUCAACAAUGGAGGAUGCUGGAGAGAAACCAGAGGCAGCUACACUUACUCUGCUUGCGUAGAUGAUCAUUCAAAUGGUUGCAAAUGCCCACUUGGGUUCAAGGGCGAUGGAGUAAAGAGCUGUGAAGAUGUGGACGAGUGCAAAGAAAAAAAGGUUUGCCAGUGCCCAGAGUGUAAAUGUAAAAACACAUGGGGAAGUUAUGAAUGCAGCUGCAAGAAUGGUUUGCUCUACAUGCGUGAACACGACACUUGCAUUGGUUCAAACAAAGUUGGAACGACAAAGCUCAGCUGGAGCUUUUUGUGGUUUCUUAUAAUCGCAGUGGGUGUUGCAGGUCUUUCCGGAUAUGCCGCCUACAAAUACAGGAUCAGGAGAUACAUGGAUGCGGAAAUAAGAGGGAUCAUGGCACAGUACAUGCCUUUGGAAAGCCAGCCCAAUCCACGUGGUCCGCAUAUGGAUAUAUGAGUGAAGUUAUCAACACAAAACCAAGAGACUCUCUUAUCUGUAGGAAGCUUCUUCUAUGUUUCUAUGUAAAUGAAUGUAUAAGACUCUGAGAAAAGCCACACAAGAAAUAACUAAGUGUGUCUGCACUUGUUGUAAGGGAUGUGGAUUUGCAGAUGGAAUCCCGCUUUUAUCUGCAUUACUCUUGCAAUGUAUAAUAAGAAAUAAAUAAGUAGUUGAGUUACGUUUAUUUACUAUUGAAACUGUGCUUGAUGUUUA